AUGGCCGGGGAGCCGAAUGUGCUAACAUGUACAGCAUUGCAAGCAAGGCCUCCUGCAAUUCUCAACUGGAUUGUACCAGAUGAUCUUAUUUCCAACCAACAAGAUCAGACUGACGUCGUUAAAGGCAACAGCUACACGUCUCGGAAGGUUGUUACCAUCACGCCCUCUGCGAGUGAUCAAGGAAAGCAUAUCAGCUGCUUUGCGUCACAUCAAACACUCCAGAGUGAUCGUCAGUGUAUUGUUUACCUAAAUGUUCACGUUAUUCCCUCUAGCACGACAAUCUUUCAAUAUGAAAAUGACAAAGACCACCAGACAUCAUCAACAGUUAUUUACGUCCAAGAAGGUUCUACAGCUUUGAUCACCUGUCAAAGUAUUGGAUCACGACCGGCAGUUGAAGUGUCAUGGACCAUUGACGACCUUGGUAUUCCUCCUGGAAAUAAAAGUCUGUCAAAGACUCAAAAUCCUGUAGAUGGCAGUCUGUUUGAUACCAAAACAUCACCGGAUGAGAUCGUUAUGACUUUCCCUGCUGAAUUAAAAGAAGGGAUAAAAAUCACCGUGACCUGUAAGGCUGCCAAUGGAUACCCAGCUCCUCGCAUUUACUGGUACAUAGGAUCAAGAAAUAUGACAGGUCAUUCAUCUCUUGAUAUUAGUGAAAAUGAUGCAGGUCGAUAUGAUGCUGAAAAAACCGGAGGAUUUUGGGUGUCGAUCAACAAUGGUGAGUAUCUUCCAGUCAUUGGCGAGGAUAUUACACUGGUCUGCACGUUCACACUCCAGACCAGGAAUAGGGUGGUCAUAUGGCAGAAGGAUGGGGAAUCGCUCGCAACAUGCGAUUGUCAGGAAAAUCGGUCCUGUAGGUUUACUGUUCUAGACCAAUGGAAGUUCAGCUUGGUGGCAGACUACUCCAGUGCUAAUCUUACCAUAAAACAACUUGUUGGUGACGACGGUGGCCAUUACAGAUGUUCUGUUCGCCCAACUGCCUUUCCCCACAAUACAGUAUCAAGGAGCAUGCACGUAACACCAUUACUACCAGCUUCGCCUUCAGUUAUCAUAGUUACCGAUAGAUCAAGCCGUCUUUGCUUCGAAUACACCACUAGAACGGUAAUGGCUCGGGAGCCAAAUGUGCUAACAUGUACAGCAUCGCAAGCAAGGCCUCCUGCAAUCCUCAAGUGGAUUGUACCAGAUGAUCUUAUUUCCAACCAACAAGAUCAGACUGAUGUCGUUAAAGGCAACAGCUACACGUCUCGGAAGGUUGUUACCAUCACGCCCUCUGCGAGUGAUCAAGGAAAGAAUAUCAGCUGCUUUGCGUCACAUCAAACACUCCAGAGUGAUCGUCAGUGUAUUGUUUUCCUAAAUGUUCAUGUUCUUCCAUCAAGCACGACAAUCUUUCAAUCUGGAAAUGGCAAAGACUACCAGACAUCAUCAACAGUUAUUCACGUUCAAGAAGGUUCCUCGGCUUCGAUCAGCUGUCAAAGUAUUGGAUCACGACCGGCAGUUCAAAUGACAUGGAGAAUUGACGACCCUGAUAUUCCUCCUGGAAGUAUUAGUCUGUCGAAGACUCAAAAUCCUGAAGACGACAGUCUCUUUGAUACCGUUAGUACUUACAAGUUGCAUUUGUAUAGGAAGUAUCAAGGGUUGAUUCUCUGGUGCUUUGUAUAUCUGGGUGAAGAUUUUGUCGAACAACAGUUUGUUACAAUAUCAACCUAUGCACCACCUGAUGAGGUCGUUACGACUUUCCCUGCUGAAUUAAAAGAAGGGAUACAAGCCACCGUGAUCUGCAAGGCUGCUAAUGGGUACCCAGCUCCUCGCAUUUACUGGUAUAUAGGUUCAAGAAAUAUGACAGGUCAUUCAUCCCUGAAUAUUUUUAUAGUGAAAAUGAUGCAGGUCGAUGCGAUGCUGAAAGCACUUUGACUUUCGUGCCAAAGAGGUCGGACCAUGGGAGACAUCUCCUGUGCCUGGCAGUUCUACCUACAUUAUCCACCACU